AUGUCCCUCCCUGAUUUCAUGACCAACCCCAAUGCCGUCCUUGAAGACAAGGAUCAUGAAUGGCGUUAUAACCGUAUUCCCGAUUAUACCAAGGUCAAUGCUACUUAUGAAGAAGAAAAGACAAAGACCCAUGAAGAAGGUUCUCUUGAAUGGCUUGUUUCCAACUUGGUCAAAAACUGGGAAAAGGAAAUGUCAUACAAGCUUCGUGCUGACCAAAUCCGUACCAUCAACAAGGACAAGUACCGUUUCUCUGUCAAUGGUAAGGAAUGGCAAUCCAUUGAUUCCAUGCUCCAAAUCGGUACUUAUAAUGCCCUCAUUGGUGAUACCGAGCUUUACAAGGCCAGUGAGAUGGAUUUCAGUGAAUCUCACAAGCUCUUUAAGAGAGCUCUCCGUGCUUUCUCCUGGGAAGUUAUCUCUGUCUACAGUGGUCCCCCAGUUGUUGCUUUCAAGUGGAGACAUUGGGGUUUGAACAAUGGUGAUUUGUCCGUCAAGACUGGUAAUGGUACCAAGCUCGAAGCUCAUGCCACCAAUGAAGUGAUUGAAGUCUUUGGUGUCACUGUUGCCAAGGUCAAUGAUAAGUUUGAGAUUGAAGAACUCGAGACUUUCUAUGAUCCCACUGACAUGUUGAGACAAAUGUCCAAGAACAGAAAGGAGGGUUCUGUUAACCCUGAAGAGCUUACACCUUCUGGAAAGUGUCCCUUCAACCCCAAAUAA